AAGAUCACCUGCUCUGCCGGGAGAAAAAGCGACAAGGUGGCCACCACAAGCCCGACCUUCUUCCUCGAUCGUCGCAUCCGCCAAUGCCAUGGCGAUAGGUGACAUGUUCACUGUGCAUGACGACUCAUUUUUAUUUUCUCCAUAAAAACUGUGCCUCGCUUCUUGGGAUGUCCGAAUGAGGGUCCUCCUCUUCCUUCCACUUCUGCAAGCUGGCCCAGUGCUUACUCCUGGUUGGUGCCGUAAGAGUUGCAAUCCAAAAGACCUCAGCCUGUCAAAGGGAUUUGGCCUGCUUUACUUUUCAUUGUCAACUUUAAGGGGAGCCUGCCUUGAUGCCUGCCUCUGUCAGAAGAGAAAGGGGUUUUAUUUAGAAUUCCCAUCUCACUAAAAUUGGAUCCCCACGUGAAGAUCUGUACAUGGGCAUUGGGCAGGCAUCAUUCUGAUUCGCCAGAGGCUCAGGCUCUGCCUCUGCCUAAGGCCCAGGCACAGGCUCGGGUUGAUUGAUUGACAUGGUGGGUUGACAGUCCGGGCAUUCCAUUUCAUUUCAUUUCUUUUGUUUUGUUUUGGGAAGUCAGUGGCCAUGACAAGGCUGAUAGAUUCGUGCCGUCCGCUCAAGUUGCCAAUAUUAGAUUGUCAGAAGGAAUUAGCGGGAGAAGAUGGGGAAGGAGGAUUUAGCACUAUUUGCAGUGGCAGUGGCACCUCCACUUUUGCCCAAUCCUCUGCUUCCAUGCCGUUGAAGCGUUACAGACCAGACCCACCACCAGCAACCUCCCCUGACAUGCAUGGCCCCUCCUCUGCAUGCCCCUUCAAUAAUAGUAGUCUGAAUCCUCGCCAUGACUUUCAUCAAUGCGGGAAUUUGAGCCCUAUUGUAAACCCUCAGGCCGAGACCUCCAUGGGCGAGGAGGUGGCUAACCAGAACCACCACCUCGGAUCCAUGGACAAAAUCCCAGCUUGCCGAAACCCCGAAAAUGAGGUCCAAGCCGAGGAGUUUGAGUUUUCCCCUCACCAUUGCAGCAAAGAUCAGGGCAGCGAGAGCGUCACGGACGAAGCGGACGAAAAUGGCGGCCGCCCGCAGAAAUCUUUGCGACUCUUUGGCUUUGAGCUGCGGCACAAGGGGGAUGAGGAUGAAAUAAAGGAUGAAGCAGAUGACGCAGAUAGGUCAAGCGCCGCUCAGGGGGCGACGGAAAGCGGGAGCAAUUCUGCUUCGGAGAGCCGGAAAUUCGAAUGCCAAUUCUGUUGCAGAGAGUUCGCGAAUUCCCAGGCCCUGGGAGGGCACCAGAAUGCUCACAAAAAGGAGCGCCAGCAAGCAAAGCGAGCGCAGAUUCAGGCAAAUCGCAGCGCCGCCGCUGCCGCGGCGGCCGCUCAAGCUUGUGCGGCGGCAAAUCGGGCCGGAAAUGGAUUUUUUGGCUUAAAUAAUCGUCUCUCUGGUUCGGCCCUUCUCACGCCCCAUUCUGCCCGAAUGACCGCUGAUAUGCCUCCCUGCCCGCCGCGGUUCAGUGCUCCUUUAAUGGCCCCUCCUUUGCCGCAGUUAUUAGGGUACCAGCAGCAGCCACAACCUCAGCAAGCCAUUUUCGGAUCUGCCCUUCAACCUGCCCGUUCUGGAACAAUUUGCCCGUCGUGGUUUUUUGUUCCGCCGCCACCUGCACAGUACGGCUUUUCUUCGCUUUCUCCAGUUUAUGGUGACUAUGCCGGCACGAAUUUGUACUCCUCGUCCUUCUCGGCCAUUCCGGCGGCUCAGGCCGUUCCAGAGAGCAGAUAUUUGCAGGCUCAGGCAUUGCCUUUAGGGCACGAAUUUGAAAAAUCAGGGCCCAGGUUUUGUCAAUCGGGAGGUUCCAAGGUCGAACCCGGACAAUCGCACCGAUCUCAUCCAGACAGCGGUUUGGAUCUCCACUUAGGUCUCGGCCCUGCCGGCUCGUAAAUCGUGUAAAUGUUUGGUGUUUAUUCUGUCUCUCUCCUUCAAUGGCGCUCUCGGUUGUGGAUGAGGUGGGUUGCACACAUGCCUCUGCCCAAUUUGUUGCAAAAGUUUUGAUAGAUGAGUGCAGCUUGCACAGCUCUUUUGGCCGCAGAAUGAAAUUGCUUUGUUUUUCCCUGGAAAUUUCCUGGUCUGCUUGCUUGCUUGCUUAGAUGAUUUCUAACAGAUCAGUUGUUUUUGUACAAAACUGAAGAUGAAAAGGUUUUCCAAUUCAUCAAUUUAUUCAAUGUAGAUUUUUUUGCUGGAUC